AUGGGCAGCAGGGCAGUGGUCAUGCCUUCUCCCGCGUGGGCACUUCUGGCUUCUUGUUUCCUCUGUGGCUGGGCUCUGGGGGGUCCAAGACCCCUUCGCUCUUUGCCCGUGAUGGCCUCCCAAGCCAAGCCAGGACCCGGGCCAACGUGGGCUCCCCCUCAGGGAGCUGAGGCAGCCCUGGCUUUUCUCUACUCCGGAGAUGCCCAACGGCUGUUGGGAGCCAAUUGCAGUAAGCGCUACGAAGCUCACGGGGCAGAAGGCAGACCAGGGCUCCCCGCUGUGCUGCAGAGGGCAGCGGGUACCCUUGCCCAGGCGGCCAAUUUUCUCAACAUGCUGCUGCAAGCCAACGACAUACGUGAAUCCAGUGUGGAGGAAGAUGUGGAGUGGUACCAGGCACUGGUCCGCAGCGUGGCUGAGGGGGACCCAAGGGCCUACCGAGCUUUGCUGACCUUUAACCCUCCACCGGGGGCCAGUCACCUUCAGCUGGCCCUGCAGGCCACCCGGAUGGGGGAGGAGACCAUUCUUCAGGACUUGUCUGGGAACAGGGUACAGGAGGGGAGUCCACCAGAGGAUCCGGACAGUCCUACGCUGCAGAAGCGGGUGCUGACAAAUGACCUAAGGAGCCUCGACAGCCCCAAGUGGCCACGGGGGGAUGGAUAUGUGGGGGACAUCCAGCAGGUGAGGCUGUCUCCUCCCUUCUUGGAAUGCCAGGAUGGCCGGCUCCGGCCCGGCUGGCUGGUAACACUCUCAGCUACCUUCUAUGGGCUCAAGCCAGAUCUAAGCCCAGAGGUUAGGGGGCAGGUGCAGAUGGACAUUGACCUCCAGAAUGUGGACAUCAAUCAGUGUGCCAGCAGCCCAGGCUGGUACUCAAACACACAUCUGUGUGAUCUCAACAGCACUCAGUGUGUCCCCCUGGAGAGUCAGGGCUUUGUCCUUGGCCGCUACCUCUGCCACUGCAGACCUGGAUUCUUUGGGGCAAGUGGCUCUGGGGGGUUAGAGGAGAGUGCCACUCAGACUGCCAGGCAAUUUGGGUCCCUGAAAGGCAGCUCAGGGAAGAUGCUGCGGUGCCAGCCAUGUCCUGAGGGCUGCACUAGCUGCAUGGAUGCCACGCCUUGCCUGGUGGAGGAGGCCCUGGCACUGCGGGCAGCAGUGCUGGCCUGUCAGGCCUGCUGCAUGCUGGCUGUCUUCCUGAGCAUGCUGGUUGCCUACCGCUGCCGUGGGAGCAAGAGGAUCCGGGCAUCUGGAGUUGUCCUGCUGGAAGCCAUCCUGUUUGGAUCCCUGCUGCUCUAUUUUCCUGUCUUCAUCCUGUACUUCAAGCCCAGUGUGUUCCGCUGCAUCGCUCUUCGCUGGGUGCGGCUGCUGGGUUUUGCCACCGUCUAUGGAACCAUUACACUGAAGCUAUACAGAGUACUGCAGCUGUUUCUGUCGCGAACGGCCCAGCGGGGCCCACAUCCCAGCAGUGGGCAGCUGCUGCGGCGCCUGGGGCUGCUCCUAUUGCUGGUACUGGGCUUCCUGAUGGUGUGGACGGCAGGCGUCCUGGAACAAGGAAGCCAGCACAUGCCUCUGGUGACCCGAGGCCACACUCCUACUGGCCGUCACUUCUACCUCUGCCACCAUGACCGCUGGGAUUACAUGAUGGUUGUGGCGGAAAUGCUGCUGCUCUGCUGGGGCAGCUUCCUCUGCUAUGCCACCAGGGCUGUCCCCUCUGCUUUCCAUGAGCCACGCUACAUGAGCAUUGCCCUGCACAAUGAGCUGCUGCUCUCCGCUGCCUUCCACACGGCCAGGUUUGCGCUGGUUCCCUCCCUGCACCCAGACUGGACGCUUCUCCUCUUCUUCCUCCACACCCACAGCACAGUCACAGCCACACUGGCUCUGAUCUUCAUCCCUAAGUUCUGGAAGCCGGGGGCACCUCCCCGGGAGGAGAUCUUGGACGAGGUAUAUGAGGACGAGCUGGACCUGCAACGCUCAGGCUCCUACCUUGACAGCAGCAUUGCCUCUGUCUGGAGCGAGCGCAGCCUGGACCCAGGCGACAUUCGGGAUGAGCUGAAGAAGCUCUAUGCCCAGCUGGAGAUCCGCAAGACCAAAGAAAUGGCUGCUAAUAAUCCUCACCUGCCCAAGAAGCGGGGCAGCUCACGCCAGGGUCUGGGCCGCUCCUUCAUGCGGUACCUGGCAGAGUUCCCGGAGGCGCUGGCCCGGCAGCACUCCAGAGACUCGGGCUCCCCAAGCCGCAGCAGCCUUCCUGGCUCCUCUCGCCGCCGGCUCCUCAGCUCCAGUCUCCAGGAAGCUGAGGGGCCACCAGCCCUGCGCAAGACUCGGAGCACCUAUGACCACCGCCGGGAGCAGGACCCGCCUCUUCUCAACUCUCUGCUGAGGAGGAACUUGUCCAAGAAGGCUUCUCAGUGGGAGGAUCAAGAGCCGGUGGAGGGGCCCCCUGCCCUGGGCUUCAGGUCGGCCAGUGCCCACAACCUGACAGUGGGAGAGCGGCUCCCCAGAGCCCGGCCUACAUCGCUGCACAAGUCACUAAGUGUCGUGGCUGGCUCCAGGGAAAAGGCUCUGCUUGUGGCCAGUCAAGCCUAUUUGGAGGAGACCUAUCGGCAGGCGAGGGAGAAAGAGGAGCGGAAGAAGGCCGAGAUGGCCAUGGUGAGCCCAGUGCGGAGGCCAUCGACCAGGAGGCUGGCACGUGCUCGAGGGGCUCCCCUGUCAGCCCCGCCUUCCCCUGCCAAGAGCAGCAGCAUGGGCAGCUCUCACGCUUCUGGGAGGCUUCAUGAGGAGGCUGGGAGAAGGCUACCUCACCCACCUAUUCGGCACCAGGUCUCCACGCCCAUCUUGGCGCUGUCUGGGGCCUGCAUGGGAGAGCGAAGAAUGCUAUCUCCCACCACCACCUUGGCUCCUGCUCCAUUGCCUGCCCUGACACCGGUCCCCGCUCCUGCCCUGACACCGCUCCCAGUGACCCCACAAAGCCCCAGAUUACUCACCUUCAUCUGCCCCUGGGAGAAUGCAGAACUUCCAGCAAAGAAAGAAAAUGUGGCCCAGGAAAGCCCCUUAGGGCCAGAGCGAGGCGGCCACUCCUCUGCCCCAGCUCACACCAAGCUCUGGAGGGCCCUCUCUGUGGCAGUGGAGAAAAAGGGGGCUGGGGAGAGUGAGCUGGACACAGAGGACAGGCAUGUCCAUGGGGAAGCUGAUGAUGUGGAGGACGACAAACCCAAGGUCUUUUCAAAAUCCCACAGCCUCAAGACCCCCGUGCAGCAGGGCUCCAUGCGCAGCCUGGGCCUGGCUAUCAAAGCUCUGACCCGCUCUAGGAGCACGUACAAGGAGAAGGAGGGCGGGGAGGACAGCCCCACGAGUGAGAAGGGAAGAGCUGCAGCAGCGGGCGUGGGGGCUCCACCCCGAUCUCCCAGGCUAGGCCGGCCCAGGGGAGUGAGCAAACAGGCUGCCCUUGCCCCCUGUGAUGAUGAAGAGUCCCUCCAGAACCAACAGAAUGCCCAGACCAGCAGAAUGCUCCAAGUGUGCCACCGGGAGGGCAGCAGAGAACAAGAUGACAGGAGCAGGAGCACAUCCCAGGGUCUAGGGGAGCGCAAAGUUGAGAGAACAAGUAAAACUGCACUUGCCACACUAAGGCACGUUUUUGGGGACAAAAAUAUUGAACAAGCACAUGAAGGCCCUGUAGGGUGUCAAGAACUGCCCAAAGCUGACAUCCAGCCCUUGGGCAGCACUGACCACAGGGUGGCAGAAGUUUGCCCUUGGGAAGCCACCGAGUCAGAAAGGUGCCAGCCAGACAGUAGCAACAGGGUCAACAUAUGCCUGAAGGAGGGGAGUGCAGGAGGCCUCGAGCGGCAAGCAUCACGGCGCACUCUAAGUGGCUCCCAGGAAGAGAAGGGGAAAGCCCCAGAGAAGUCAGAUCCCAAAGGAUUGGCUGUCAUUACACGGAAAAAGCCAGAGAGACUAGUCAGGAGCCAGGAGGCAGUGUGUCCCUGGGAGAAUGCUGACCCUGGAAAUCCAUCUCCUUGGUCAGCUCCACAAGACUGUGACAGAGGCCAGGGCAGCUGUGAGGUGGUGGGCAGUGUGGAGGUAAGGAAUGUGACCAGGCAUCCAGGGGAAGCCAACAACCCAGAGGCUUGUCCACCCAACACUGCCAAGACAGAGCUGGGCCCAUGGGAGGUGAGUGGUGGGAAGGAAGGCACACCAGCCCAUGGGGUGAAGGAACUCCUCCAAGAAAGACAAAAAGUCCCCCCAAAAGCAACCUUCUGGAGAGAACAGAAUCUAGGCGGAAACCUAGCAUCUCUUUGUCCGUGGGAGAGUACAGAUUUCCGGGGCCCCUCAGCAGUCUCGGUUCAGGCCUCAGGAAGCUCGGGGAGCUUGGGCAGCGGCAUUGCAGAGGUCUGCCCAUGGGAAGCAGAAGAUAAUCCUGCUAGUAAGAAAGCGGAGAUCUGUCCCUGGGAGCUGGGUGAUGAGCAAACAGGCAAAGAAACACUGAGUCGGAGGGUAGAUGCAGAAUCUCUCCAGGGAGAGGAGAAAGCCCCCAGAAAGGGGUGCUCAGAAGAGAUGGGGGAGCAAACUGUGAAAGCAAGGCCAACAGUCAGUCAAGGGCAGGAAUCACAGGAGUCAGUGUGCCCCACAGAGGUCACAAUCCCUGCAAAGUCCAUCUCAUGUCCAGACAAUUCCUCAUCCAAGGCUGACAGUCAACUCCUAAGCAAGGGGGGCAGCCAAGCAACACAGGCGUGUCCUUGGGAAGAGCUCAAGCCAGAGGGAAAGCGAGCAGCACCUUCGACAGAAGACAUCUGUCCUUGGGAAGUAGACGAAAGAGCCAGGGACUUCACAUCGGAACAUGCACCCGUGGGAGGGGAAUCUACAAAGGACAAGGAGAAAAUGACUGGAAAAGCAGGAAUCCAAGAUGUCACAGUAUGGGAAAAGCCUGAAGAACAGAGCCAAAAGCAAGAAACAGUUUGUCCCUGGGACAGUGUGGGCCCUGAUGGCUUCCCCCAACGAAAUACAGACCGACCCCAAGCCAUUUUCCAGAGGCCAAGUGUUGUGGGAGGCAGUGCCGCUGAGAUCUGCCCAUGGGACAUGGAGGAGACCCUGACAGCUGAGAAAGCAAAGGUCUGUCCUUGGGAAGUGGGUGCUGAAGCGGGAGAGGAAAGGGCUUCCGGAGCUGAGGCCACUGGGAAGUCUCCAAACAGUACAGGACAGGUUUCUGCACAUCCUCAUCCUGGGCAGUCAGCUCCAAGGAAGCCAGAAAGGCCAGCCCUGGAGCAGGAGAUGGUCUGUCCCUGGGACAGCUUGGGCCAAGGGGGUUCCUCUCAGCAUUCAGACACUCUGGACACUGACAGACCAAGAGCUGUACUCCAGGAACCAAACCAUGCCAGUUCUAGGCCAGCUGAGGUGUGUCCUUGGGAAGCAGAGGAAGUUCCUGCCAAUGAAAAAUCCCAGAUCUGUCCCUGGGAGGUCAAUGAAGGAACUACUGGGAAGGUACUGGAUAGGGAGGUAGGGAAUGAAUCAGCAGGGCAAAGGGAGAAAACUCUAGAAAAGAGACAUACCUCUUCAGGAGAAGGCAGAUCAAAACAGGAACAAGAAGCUAUCUGUCCUUGGGAGGAAAAGGACUUGGGGGAACCAUCUGCUCAAGUGCCUGAGGUCUCAGAUUUACUCAGCAGCACUAGUAGCCAGGUGGCAGAGGGGCAUUCCUUGAGAGUGAGUGAUAAGGCAACAGACAAGGGAGACCUGAGACAAGACCCAAAGGCAGGCUGUCUCCCAGACGAUGCCACCCAAAGAAAAGCUCCAGCAUUGAAAGCAGAAUUCACUAUUGAAGAUAGGGAGAAAACAUGCAAGGAGCGCCAGUCUGUCUGUCCAUGGGAGAGCAUGGUGCCAGCAGGUUCUUCCCCCCACCUAGACAGUCACCCUGACCAACCUACAGCCGUAUCACAGACACUGGUCAGUGGUGGGGGCAGGGUCACUGAGGUGUGUCCAUGGGAUGCUCCUGAUAUGGAUGCAUAUCAACCUGACAACAAUGCCAAGGCCGAGAUCUGUCCCUGGGAGGUGACUGGGAGAAUCCCAGAGAAAGGGCUACCGAGGCAGGCUGAAAAGGGAGACUCUUGGGAGGAGAAGGGAAGGACCUCUGAAAAACCAGGGCCCAGAGGAAUGGCUCAGAAAACACCACAGAACGAGGAGUCUGGAAAGCUGGGUCCCAGGGAGAGUCAGGACUUUGGCAGUGUGUGUCCACAACCAGCCCCAAGUGCUUCUGAUGAGAACAAAGGCAGUCCUAAGGUAACAGGCUGUGGAGGGGGCAGGGUUUCAGAAGUGUGUCCAUGGGAAGCAGAAGAGACUCCCUCUGCCAACAAAGCUGAGAUCUGCCCUUGGGAGGCAAGUCUGGGAGCAGCAGAGGGGCUGGAACAGGAGCUGCAGGAAGUGUCACCAGGGCAGGGAGAGCUGAUGCCUCCCAAGGAAGGACCUGGAAGGGCUGAAGGGCACUUUUCAAAAGCAACAGCAAAACUAGACAGUGAGCAAGUGACAGUCUGUCCCUGGGAAGGCACAGGGUCAGGAGAGCCCUUUUCCCAGACAGAGCCUCAGGAUACAGAGCACUCCACAGUCAGGCCCCACACAGCAGGCGGCCCAGGGAGCAGAAUGGCGGAGCUGUGCCAGUGGGAAGUCACAGAUCCAGAAGGAAAUAAAAUAAAAGGUACCAUGGCAGACAUUUGUCCUUGGGAGGAAACCAGAGCCCCACCGGAGGAAUCUGGUCUCCUGGCUUUAUCAGCAGCUCAAACAGAUGUCCUUACAGAGCCUGGGAAAUCACUCUGCCUUUUGGCACACAGACCUCUUGAUAGCUUCCUUCCAGAAAGCAAGAGCUCCCACCCUAAGGUGAGCAAGCCACCCAGUUCUUUUGCUGUAGAAGGUGUCAGAGAACAGCAAGGGCCUUUGGGGCUUGAGCUCAGGGCCAAAUUAGCUCCAGAGUCAAGUCUCCAAGAAACCCAGGCUCAGAAGGCCUUCUUACCUGAUGACCAAGAACAAGGGGCUCCAGAGGUUCAAGGAGAGGAACCCAGCCCCCCACCUGCGUAUCCUUGGGACUGGGAAUAA